AUGCUUUGCGCCUCGCCGUGCGACUUGUCCAGCAAGACUGCAUCGACGGUCGUGAGCGCUAUGGAAGGGGCGGCGGGAAUGGAGCACGCCAUGUCGUUGUAUCGGCCUUUUCACGAACUGGAAGCGCCCUGCCCAUCGUGUCCACCCUUCAUGGCCCACCCACCGUCGCCUUCUCGCCCUCUGCCGCCGCCCCUCAACCCUGCUCCUGCGAUUCUUCCUCUCGCCGCCUUAACAUGUCCUUCCGUUCCCCGGCUCCAUCCUUGCUCGCUCUCCCUCCCCCGUCCCUUCCCCCUCUCCCUUCCCAUUCGCCUCCCCAAACCCCCUCCCUCCCUUCACUCCCCCCCCGACCCCCAAACACCCCCGCAGACGUGGGCGGACGCCUACGGGCUCUCCGCCGACUCGCUGCUUCCGCCCUCGCCCCUCUCCCUUCCGCCGUCCCUCCCCCCCGCCCCUCAUCUCGAGGACUGCGCCGCGCUCACAGCGCUGCGCCAGCAGGCGGAGCAGCGGGGGGAAGGGGGGGAGCCGCCAGCAUGGGCGGACCCGCCGCGGAGCAGCGAGGGCGGGUGCUGUCACCCGCGGGGCACAUGGCAUGCGGAAAGUUCACCUGGGGAGACUUCGUCGUCGUCGUCCUCCUCAUCCUGCAAUUGCCCACCACAGCCACCGUGGGUGAGCAA